AGGCCACAAGGCCCAUAAAAAAAGAAAAAAAAAAACAAAAAGUCCCAUAGAAAUUCCUUAGAUUGAGCCAAACAAAUCGAAAGAAACGAUAUCCAGUAGAUUCGCUCUAGAAAAUCAAAAUAUUAUUGAAGUCGGUAAAGAAACAUGGUUUUUAUAUACUUAAGUAAAAAUUAAAGGCUGAACGUAUAUAUUACAACUUGUUUUUUUUUUCUUUUCAAUAGAACGUCUUGAAAACAAUAAUGUCAAGAUGUACCUCUUGUGGCCUCAUUCACCGACCUGGCCGAUGUAAUCCCCAAACUUCAGCCGCACCACCCGACGUGCCCAUGGACAUUAGUCCACGUUGUUGCUGCAUAUGUUACUUUUCUGUGUUUGAGCUUUUUGCCAAUUCCGUUUCCGUCUCAUACGCAAACGCAAACGUUUCGACCGCUGAUUGGAAGAUCGGUUUCGUUGCCAAGAGUCCAAUCACCGGCUGUAAAGUCUCUAUCCAUACACUCAAUUCGCGUUUGGUCCGAAGUGGUGAAGUUGUCUCCAAAUCAUCAUCUCCCUCGUCGAGUUAUUUCAUUCCCGGAGACAACACGGAAGUUGUUUUCGAGAAGGUGGUUACGCCGGCGGUUGUUGGCGACGUCAUUUGGGAUUCUCAGGCUGAGAUAAUGUUUGGGAUUAAUACAGAUGUUAAACAUUUACACGGUAUUUUGCUGGUGGCUUGUUCAAAUAUUCCGGUGAAAUUCACGACGGAACAGGCGACGGAGGAGGUGGUGGGAUCGUUGCUCGGAAAUAUGAGACGGUGUGAUUAUAUAUACCAGCAAAGUUUGGCUUAAUUCAUUCUCUCCGGUCUUGAAUCUUUAAUUCCUAUUUACGAGUGUUAUUAAUUUGAAAAGGGUAUGUUAUUUAUUUGAUUUCUUUAACUUUUCUUUUUAUUUUUCUCCCAAAGUUAUAAUAAUACUAGCA